AUGACUACACCCGCGAGCGCGUCAAUCGUGGGGGUGGUGGGCGAGGAACUUCAAAGCCUGUUGGAAGCUGGCCAGGUGGUUCCAGACGAGUUGUAUGUGAAGGUGAUCGUCACGAAGAUUCGUAGCCUCUUCCCGGAGGAACCCAAAGAAGCCCCUGCAGAUGCAGUGGAGGGCACAGCGGCAGAGAAUGCCGGCGCGACAGCAGUGGAGGAGCCCACUGAUGGGCGUGGCAACGAGGAAGCGCCUGCCGAGGGGGCGGAGAUGGCUGAGGCAGAAGCUGAGGCAGAUGCCAUCACCUUAUCGCCCAUGGAUGUGGCAAAUGACACCUCUGCUGUGGAGGCGGCAGAAGACCUCUUGGCAUCUUCUGCGCUCAUGAGCCAUGCCAAAAGGUCACCAGAACUGCACCGUGGCUGGAUCUUGGUGGGCUUUCCAGACGAUGGCAAGCGGUUGGCUCUACUGGAGCGCUUCCUUUCGGGCUUUGUGCAUCCCAAGGCACGGCCCACGCCCAAGGCGCGCGAGCUAAAGACGGAGGCGGAGGUCAUUGCACCGAGGCCCCCUGAGGAAGUGGAGCCGCUGGUGAGACAGCCCGGAGGUUAUGACCUGCAUUUUCGCCUGAACCUGUCGUUGGACGAGUCUGUCCGAAGGGCUUGUGGCCGACGUAUAGAUCCCACGACCUUGUUGGAGUACCACAUUGAGGACAUGCCUCCACCCAACAAGAAGACCGUGAUCUAUGAGAGGCUGUUGCCGGCAGAUUCCCUGGAGAAGUCCAUGGGGACGCUGACGCAGCGGAUCCAUUGCUUUGACAUCGCACAACAGGAGGUGAACGAAAUCUUGGAGCACUUCGGGCCCUACCCAGACGUCCCACGUUUGGUGGAGGUGAACGCCAUGAGCUCCGCCGAUGACACCUUUGAAGCCGUGGAAGAGCAGGUGGCCAUGUUGCUGGACCGCAAACGCGCCGACCUGGCCAAAGCGGAAGAGGAGGCAAGAGAAGCAGCCAGGGCGGAAGAGGCCGCCAAAGAGCCGCCGGCGCCCGACGCCGCCGGCGAUGCCGACGCAUCCGGCGACGCCGCGGAGCCCGCGGAUCCAGCGGCGGAUGCGCCGCCGGCGGAUGCAGAUCCGGAGACCACGGACGCGCCGCCUGUGGAGCCGCCCUUUGAAGCGGUGAAGCUCGAUGAGCUGCCUGGUUUUGUCGAGAAGAUCGAAGACCAGGUCUUCAGCAUGCUGAUGGAGGAGUGGUGUGAAUUGCAGGGUGACUUUGUGUCAUCCCUUCAACAGCUCUUCAAUUGGCACCGGUGUCAUCUCGCAGACUUCCGUGGGGGGCUCUUUGGCAUGAAGCAACGCUUUGCGGAGUUUCUGCAGCGCACCGAUGGAAAGCAGGAUAUGGUGGAUGACUUUGUAUUGAGCUUCAACCUCUUCACUGAGGAAUAUCCAGACAUGCGAAAGCAGGACGCCACCAAGGCUGAGUUGCACCUCCGAACGGAUGAGCUGCGACAGCGGCUCUGUGCCGAGGUCGAAAAGCAAGGCUCCGAGAACUUGGCGCAGCUGGAGGUCUUGCAGACCAGCAGAUGGCUGGAGUCGCAGACGGAGGUCUUGGCCUCCCAGGAUGCAACUGUGAAUCCCUUCUCGUUUUCCGUGGAGAAUGGCCGGCGAAUGGCGCAGCAUCCCGGCGCACAGCGGGAGAGAUCGAAGAUUUCCUCCAGGGCUGGGAAGGACGGUACCACUUUGGUUUGGACUUGGCUGCUUGGUAUCAGAGAUGCGAGCACAGAAAAUCAUGGAAAAUCAGCACCUGAGUCCCAAUACGACUGGUCGCGGUGCAUCAACAUGUUCGAACGGAUCAUUCUGCAAAGUGGCUCGAAGCCCAUCGAGAAGGAGCAUUGUAAGGAAUGGAAGCCUGGAUUCCAGAAGGGCGCACCGCCCAAUCGCUCAGCUUUGUUGAGCAUCUGCAAUGGGCCUUGGGUCCUGGCCAUUGAUUUGCUUCCGUGGAGAAAGAAGGCACCGGAGCCUCUUUGCGACGUCUUGUGGAACUUCUUGGAGAACGAAGAACACACCUUUUACGGCAUGGGUUUGGCAGGUGAUUUGGCUCGUUUGGCCUUUGAAUUUGACUGCGUCUGCGACGGUGUAGACUUCACCCUACGGGCCUGGAAGCAUUUGGAACCCUUGAAGGGUGGCCUCACAGGCUUGGCGAAUCGGGUGCUUGGGACCUCUGUGGAACAAAGCAAGUCCGUGACGAGGUCCAAUUGGGAGAUGCGGCCGCUUUCGGAGAAACAGGUGUUGUACCUGGCAGAAGAUGCCUACCUGUCGUGGAAGCUGGCCUCGAAGAUGCUGACCCAGUGUGAGGACGAGAUGCAGCCGGAGUGGCUGGUCUCCUUGGCCGAGAUGUACGGCAAUGGGCAAGUGCUCAUGCGCCACAAGAUCUUUGUUGCUAAUGCUGUCCAUGAUUGGACCUCAGCACAUGAUGAAUGGCUGCAGAAGCAGGAGGAAAAGAAGAACAGAAAGGAUAAGCGGAAGCUCCCUGAUGCCGAGCUUUGGUUGCCAUGUUUGAUCUUUGCAGGUGCAGCAUGCAGUGCAACUGGAAGUGAAGUUUGGGAGCCUCAGAGACGACGGAACGACGUGACCGACGGAACGGGGAGAGCCCGGGUCAUCCCGGGUCAACUUCAGAAGAUCGUGCAUCAAGUGCCAAGAGCUGCCUGGGGAACCACAAAACUGCUCCGAAAUGAGCAUGAGCCCCCACCGAAGGUGGACGUCUUUGCGCCACAGGAGCUGGAAGAAGCUGCAGAUGCCAAGGACAAGAAAAAGAAAGACGACAAAAAGAAAAAGGAUCCGAAGGCCGAGGAGGAGCCAGAGAUCAGCCCGGAAGAGAAGGCGGCAGCGAGGCUCUGCAAAUUCAUCCCUGACGAAGAGCAGCCCAGUGGUGAAGGGCGUUGGGAGUUCCCCUUCCUCGCGGAACUUAUGGAGCAGGCGGUGAAAGCUGUGUGGAAGUUAGAAGACUUUGUGCCGCCCUCCAUCGAGGUGCCAGAGGAGGAAGAAAAGGAAGAUCCCAAGGCCAAAGCCAAGGCGAAGGGAAAGGCGAAACCCAAGGACAAGGCCAAAAAGGAAGAGGAGGUCGAGAAGCCACCUCCGCAACCAGCACCAGCGCUGUUCGUGGACCUACAACAGGCGCUCCUGGCUGAGCGUGUGACCUUCCGUCAACGGCUGCAGAUGAUCCAUCGCUGGGCCAUCAGGCGGUUGCAUCAGGCGGCCAGUUCAACCAGGACCACCUUCCAGAGCCUCAAUGAUUGGGUCAUGCUGCGGCGGCACAAGGAUCUGGAAUCCGUGGCCUGUUUGGUGGAUGCGAUCAAGGAACAAGUGGAGAACGAGGAAUUCAUCAAGACGAAGCUAUGCCUGAACAACGCGCACCUUCAUCAGAGGCCCAAUACCUUGUUACGGGCUCCGAUUCCACCAAAGGUGCCACCUCCCGUGGAGGGCAUAGCACCGUUCCGCUGGACAAUGGAGCAGCUUGAAAACUUGCUGGAGGUGGUGAACAAUGCAGCUUCUGCCAUCUCACCGACUUGCAGGAUGUUACCCAACUACACCAUGUUGGGCAUCUUGCAGCAACUGACUUCCGCAGAUGGCAGCGACAAGCGCACGGUCAAAGUGCCAGCGAAUUGGCGCAACUCGGGAGAAGCCAAGCUCAAGCAGCUGUUGGCAUCCUUUGAGCAUGUCUACUCUUCCAGCAGCAUCGAUAUCGUUGACUUCUUGCUGCAUAUGUGCCUUUUGCACAGUCCAUCGGGGUGGCCCCCGGUGAAUACUUUGAUGGAGGUUCGCCAGGUGCUUGAAGCUCAGGCGCCCAAAGAUGCCGUGUGGCCCGACUUCUACGUGCCAGCGAAGGUGGUGGAAUCCCUGCCUCUUUUCGAUGAGCAAGGGGAGGAGUCCUUUGCCAAGAAGUUCAAACCAAUUACCUCAGUGGCUCCAAAAACGUUCGAUCGCUGCAAGGAGCAACUGCGUUGGGUGGCCAAAGUGCUGCAACGAUAUCGUGCUCCCAACUGCGAGCACGAGGCAUGGAGUUUAGAAGUGGCAUGGUACGACUAUCGCGUCCAGCGCCACGAAGAAUCAGAGAGAUUAAUCGAAAUGCUAGACGAUGUGCGCAGCACCCCUGCGGAUACACCGCGACAGCCUCCGAUUGACAACAUCCCUGCCUUGCUGGGGCAUGACGAGACGGAGGCUCCGGAUGACACGGCGUCCUUAGGUGGUCAAAGUACCUGGUCCAUGGGACGACCCGAAAAGCCUCGCCCGGAGGAGCCCGUCUUGCGCGAGCCUCCCAAGGAUCAUAUCUCUGUGAGGCAGUUGAUGGCUUACCUCUGCCAAGGGCCAACUACCGAGGACGGUCUGGCUCGCGCCUUCGCAGUUUUGGCACCCAACCCAGGUAGCUCUGGUACGUCGCUGCCCCUGGAAACCGCACAUCGGGCGGUCUUUUCGUUGGGCUGUCGACCUUUACCACCUUCGAGCAAUGGAGAUGGACGACCUGAAUUUCUAGCCCUGCAGAAAUUUGGCGAGGAGCUGGAUACCAAGUUCAAUGGUUCCGCCAAAGUCACUGGCUCUGUGGGAAAAGCCGAAGCCCAAGAGUUCGUGAAGGCUUUGAGCCUAGGACGGCGGCACCGCCGCGCCGAGGAUGAUGAUUCAAGCCGGAAGGCGUUUCCUGCUGCAUCUUUGGCUCAGAAUUCGACCAGCACCAGUGCCGUUUCGUUCCGCAUCUGUGCUUUGGAUUGUGCUUUGGAUUCCUAUGUGGACCGAGCGUAUCUUGUGCGGAAGCCCAGGCAAAGCGGUAGACGCUUGCUGGGUCGGAGGGCCCGGCAAUGCGACUCUCUGCCGGCCACGCCGCGCCGCAGCGCCAAAGGCGCCACACGCGCCACGCGCGCCACGCGCGCGACGGCGGGUCGCGAGCCGUCGACGCCGCCCAUGAAGCCGUCGCAGAAGCGGCGGCAUGCGGCGGUCAGUCGCGAAGCAUCGAAGGAGCCCCGUCAGCCCCGUCGCAAGAGCCGCAGAGGCGAACCUGAGAUUCGCGCGGUGCUGCGAGCAGCCCUCGAUGAGGAGAUGGAUGCCUUGGUGAGUCCGGCCUUGGAUAAGGUGCGCGAUAUCAUGCAGAAGCGUCAGGAAGAAGCAGGUUCCUUGCAGGAUUUGGUCUCCCAAGUUCAAGGCUUGGCAGAUGUGAGGCGUUUCGUGGAUGAGCAGUUGGGCGUGGAUCUGGGAUCACGCAUUCGCUCCUGCCACAAUCUGGUCAAGGCUCGAGCGCGCGUCCGCCACAUACCGGCACGAGCCGCGCCGCGGAGCGCGCCGCCGAACACGGCACCGCCCACGGUGGGUUCCCAACGUCGUUCCACGGCCACGCCCACGCAGUCGCUGGCUCUGGAGCCCUUCCGCAGUGCGCGGCCACGCUCCAAUCGCCGCUGAUGCCGCUGGGACACGGCGGACGCCGGGGACGCGACGCGGGGACGCGGGACGGCAGAUGUGGCUGGAAGAUGUUGGGGAUGUG